CCCUGCUCAUAAUCUUGUCUCUGCCGGGGAUGUUUGCAGAGUCGUUUCUGUUCUUCGUCCCGGGUUCGAGAGGGUUUGCGACUCGAGGUUGGCAGGGACUCUUCCUGCGCCUCUUUUUGUUACUGUUAGCUUUGAUUCGGAGGUUUAGUUCGUCAGGAUGGGGGAAGAAUUCCGGUGCUUCGUCGGAGGGUUGGCAUGGGCCACUACUGACGGUAGUUUGGAGGAGGCGUUCCGCCCUUUCGGCGAGGUGGUGCAGUGUAAAGUAAUCACCGAUCGAGAGACCGGAAGGUCUCGCGGGUUCGGGUUCGUUACCUUCGCUGAUGAGAACUCCAUGAACGAGGCCAUCAAGGACAUGAAUGGCAAGGAGCUUGACGGACGCAACAUCACCGUGAACCAGGCGCAGUCCCGUGGUGGAGGCAGUGGAGGAGGCGGCGGCGGUGGUUACAACAAUCGCCAGGGCGGGGGUGGUGGUUACGGUGGUGGUGGUUACGGCGGAGGAGGUGGUGGUGGUUACGGUGCAGGAGGUGGUGGUGCUUACGGGAGUCGGUCCUCGUACGAUCGCGAGGGUGGAGGUGGUGGUGGUUAUGGAGGUAGCCGCGGAGGGGGUGGCUACGGGAGUGGCGGUGGCGGUGGCGGUGGCCGAGGAGGAUCCGGCUCUGGUAACUGGAGGGGCGGCCGUGAAAAUGCCUACUAGACUGCUGAAAGUAGUUAAAACCUCUAGUGGUUGGGCAUUGCUUCCUAGCCGGAGGGCUGCGAGUGGUUUCUCGGAGGCUCUGGUCGUAGGGUCGGUGAAACACUUCAGAAGAUUACUACAUGGGGGUUGCUGAAGGGAAAGACACUCAAGGAUGAUGCUGUCUGGGACUGGAAGAUCUGCAACUGUUCACUGGGAAGGCCACUUGAGAUUUGACUGCUGCUGUCGGAGGUCGUAUGCUGUCAGAGAGACCCGCAUGCAGGCCGCGCCGGCGGCGAUAUAUUGCUACUUGUUUCUUGUUAUUGUCUUUUCGUGGUCUUUGCUCCAGUGCAGAGGAAAGCGUCGUCCUUCACAGUUCCUGAAGUAGGAUAGCCACCUGUGGUGCUUCGACACAUUUUUGUCUGGAGUUCUUUAUGGUCUGUUAUUUGUGAUGACAGGUUUUUGGGUUUUUGUCUCGCACUUCGGAAGAAUGAGCUCCUGGCGGAGAAACAGCUCUUCUCUGGAGUCGCUCUUUUGCACUAUACGUCAGAGGUGGCUUAUGAACAUCAGAGCGACGUUUUUAAGUGUCUGAGACUUAUGUGUGUCGGCUGUUGUAUUUGGACUUCUGUGUUUAUUUAUUGAGAAUGGAACAAUUUCUGGAGGUGUUGCUGUUUACUCAACCCAUUCAUCUCUUCUAA